AUGAUAGCAACUGGUGGAGUGAUAACUGGCCUGGCCGCCUUGAAAAGGCAAGACUCUGCCAGAUCACAGCAUCAUGUCAACCUUAGCCCAUCGCCUGCUGCCCAGGAGAAGAAACCAGUCAGGCGUCGACCUCGGGCCGAUGUUGUGGUUGUUCGAGGCAAAAUCCGGCUUUAUUCCCCAUCUGGUUUUUUCCUCAUUUUAGGAGUCCUUAUCUCUAUUGUAGGAAUUGCAAUGGCAGUCCUUGGAUAUUGGCCUCAAAAAGAACAUUUUAUCGAUACUGAGACGACUUUGUCAACAAACGAAACUCAGGUCAUCCGGAACCAAGGCGGUGUAGUGGUUCGCUUCUUUGAGCAACAUUUGCAUUCUGAUAAAAUGAAAAUGCUUGGCCCUUUCACAAUGGGGAUUGGCAUUUUCAUUUUCAUUUGUGCUAACGCCAUUCUUCACGAGAACCGUGACAAAGAAACCAAAAUCAUACACAUGAGGGACAUCUAUUCCACAGUCAUCGACAUCCACACUCUGAGAAUCAAGGAGCAAAAACACAUGAAUGGCAUCUACACUGGUUUAAUGGGAGAAACGGAAGUAAAGCAGAAUGGGAGCUCCUGUGCUUCGAGACUGGCAGCAAAUACCAUUGCUUCUUUUUCAGGUUUCAGGAGCAGUUUUCGGAUGGACAGCUCUGUUGAGGAGGAUGAGCUUGUGGUGAAUGAAAGCAAGAGUUUUGGGCAUCUCGUGCCGCCUUUGCUCUCUGACAGCCCUGCCUCUGUUUGUGGCCUCUAUCCGCCUCCUUCCAAGACAACUGAUGAUAAAACCAGUGGCCCUAAGAAAUGUGAAACCAAGUCAAUUGUGUCAUCGUCCAUCAGCGCUUUUACAUUACCGGUGAUCAAACUUAAUAAUUGUGUGAUUGAUGAGCCCAGUAUAGAUAAUAUCACUGAGGAUGCUGAUAACCUCAAAAGUAGGUCAAGGAAUUUGUCAAUGGACUCCCUUAUGGUCCCUUUGCCCAAUCCCAGUCAGCCCUUCGAGCCAGUCAGUCUGAUGCUCCCAAGGAAUAAUUCCGUUGGGGAGUCAUUGUCAAGUCAGUACAAGUCCUCUGUGGCCCUUGGACCUGGAGCUGGACAGCUUUUGUCUCCUGGGGCUGCUAGAAGACAGUUUGGUUCUAACACAUCCUUGCAUUUGCUCUCAUCACACUCCAAAUCCUUAGACUUAGAGCGGGGUCACUCCACAUUAACCGUUCAGGCAGAACAACGAAAACAUCCAAGCUGGCCUCGGUUGGAUCGAAGCAACAGCAAAGGAUAUAUGAAACUAGAGAACAAAGAGGACCCAAUGGAGAGGCUGCUUGUGCCCCAAGCUGCAAUCAAGAAGGACUUUACUAAUAAGGAGAAGCUUCUUAUGAUCUCAAGAUCUCACAAUAAUUUGAGUUUUGAACAUGAUGAGUUUUUGAGUAACAACUUGAAGCGGGGAACUUCUGAAACAAGGUUUUAA